UUAGUUAUUCCAGCUCAUCCAAGGAUUCUUUCAAGUUUCUGACGAAGUAUUUGGCAACUUUCUCUGGUGAAGAUGCUUAUACCAUGGGUGAAGCCAAGGAGGAAGCUGUGCGCACAAUUAUAGAAUUUGUAAAGGCACCUGACAUGUUUCAGUGUGAUUUAUUAGACAUGCCUGCAAUAGGGCAAUUAGAGAAGGAUGCUAAAUAUGCAUUGGUAUAUCAGCUUCUGAAGAUCUUUCUGACACAGAGACUGGAUGCCUAUUUGGAAUUUCAGACUGCAAAUUCUACUUUACUGAAAAGCUAUGGUCUUGUUCAUGAAGACUGUAUAACAAAGAUGAGGUUGAUGUCAUUAGUGGAUCUUGGUUCUAGUGGAUCUGGCCAAAUUCCUUAUGCCCUUAUCAGGGAUACCCUAAGGAUCAGUGAAGAUGAGGUGGAAAUGUGGGUGGUUAAGGCAAUAACUGCCAAAUUGAUGGACUGCAAAAUGGACCAAAUGAAUCAAGUUGUGAUUGUGAGCCGCUGUACUGAGCGUGUCUUUUCACAGCACCAGUGGCAAACUCUUAGAACAAAGCUUGCAACUUGGAGGGGUAAUAUUGCAAACGUGAUCAGCACUAUUCAAACGAACAAGGUAACUGAAGAAGCGUCACAAGGAGUGCAAGGUUUAAUGACUCGCUAGGCUGCUUUUUUAUGUCGGAUUUUUGAUGGCCCCUGUUAUUUAGAGAUAGGUCAGACUAUCAUGUGCGGCUGAAGUAUCAUACUGAAAUUUAUAUUUAUUGAACAUUAAUUUUAGUGUAUUGGAAAUUUUGACAGAAUGAGUCAAAUCAUAUUUUGUUUAUCAUGCUACCUUAACUGGUUAUGUUGUUUAAACUAGCAGAACCUGAUAUGGGUCCAAA